AUGCGUCUUUCCUCCGUCAUCUUUCUUGGUCUGGCUUCUGUCGCCGUCGCUGAUUUGAACUCCUGGAACGACGUGGUAGGAGAUGUGCCCCAGUGCAUCAAGACAUGCCUCAACGACUUCUACAACACCGCCGGGCUUAAGUCCAAGUGUGGAAGCGCCGAUACAGCCAGCUUGGACUGUCUCUGUGGUGUCAAGAGCUCUGUUGACGAUGUUGCGGACGAUGCCUCCGACCUGAGCAGCUGUAUCCAGGAUGGCUGCGACUCAAACGAAAUUGCCGACGCUGCUUCAAAGCUCCAGGGCUUCAUGGACCGAUUCAACAGUCUUGAGGACCAGUGCUCUAAGAAGGGCUCUGCAAGCUCAACGAUCCCCGGAUACAAUGCAAUGCUCGCCUCAGGAGCCUUGCUUCUGGUGGGUGUAGCCCUGUGA